AUGGGGUUGCAGAUUACUAAUCUCCAAUGCUGGAAUUAUGCUCGUCUGAUGAAGUGCUUAUGGAAUUGGAGUGGGAAAGCUGAUAAUAUGUGGUUUAGAUGGGUUAGGGAUAAGGCUAUGCAGCUGAACAAAUGUAAAGUCACCAAUUUCUACAAUUGUGUGUUUGAUGAUGGGAAUAGAGUUCCUUGGUGUAAUAUGGUGCAAUACAACAAGGCUAGGCCCCGAAACCCUAAUUCAAACAGCACCACACCACCACCUCUACCACCACCAGCUAUCACCUCUCACUCUCCUACUCCACCACCACCACGUCUUCAAUCGGAAAAAAAUGUUACUCCCUCUGCGACUAAACUCCGACCGGUACUCCCUUCCAUCUUUCCUCCACGACUGCAAGUUUGUUCCACCCACCACGAAGCUUCCUCUCCUUUCUCUGCGAGAAGACGUGAAGGUUUCCGGCCACCACGAAGCGUACUCACAUUUUCCUCUAUUUUCGAAUACAGUCUUCCUCCUCGCUCCGAGUUUGUUCCUGACAAGUUCCACUAUAUUUUGGUGCUAAAUGUUAAUUGCGAUAAUGCGGAGAUUUUUUUUGGUUUUGAUGUUAUAUCACUUGCUUGUAUACAACUCAUGAAUGUUGACGAAAAUGAUGAUGAUAUUGUUGUUUUUGGUUGCUAA